CAAGACUUUAUUAUUUAUAAACGUAGCUUAUGAGUUGUAGAAUCUCAUCACAAUCUAGAUCAUCUGAAAAUGGCUGUGAAAUUAGCUGUGGUCUUAGUCUUGUUCAAUCUCUUAGCCUUGGGAAUUGCUAAAGACUUUGAUUUCUUCUACUUUGUUCAACAGUGGCCUGGAUCUUACUGUGAUACCGCUCAAAGUUGUUGCUAUCCAAAGUCUGGAAAACCUGCUGCCGCAUUUGGAAUCCACGGUCUGUGGCCAAAUUACAAUGACGGGUCUUAUCCGUCCAAUUGCGACCCCGACAGUCCUUACGACCAAUCAAAGGUAUCGGAUCUUAUUAGCAGAAUGCAAAGGAAUUGGCCAACGUUGGCCUGCCCUAGCGGCGACGGUUCUGCAUUCUGGAACCAUGAAUGGGAGAAACAUGGGACCUGUUCUGAGUCAGUUUUAGAUCAAAACGGCUACUUCAAGUCAGCUCUGAACCUGAAUGCAAAGGUUGAUCUUUUGAAAGUACUUGUGGACGCAGGAAUUGAGCCCAACGGUGGAGAAUACAGCCUGACCAGCAUUAAGCAGGCUAUUGAAGGUGCGACGGGGCAUACGCCAUUUAUAGAGUGUAACAGUGAUUCUUCUGGGAAUAGACAACUCUACCAAGUGUAUCUGUGCGUUGAUACUUCUGGGUCCCAAUUUAUUCAAUGCCCCGUCUUUCCAAGAGGCAAAUGUGCUUCCACCAUUCAAUUUCCUUCUUUUUAGCCGCCACAUAAUGGCUUAUACUUAAUAAAAUAUGUUUGGUCUUUGUUUGAUUUUGUUGUUCAUGUUUUAGUAGACAUUGUUGUUUUAUUAAAAGACUCAUGAAUGAUGUGCAUGCUACUAAAGAUGUACUUCAUGCUC